CCCCGUAGUAAACGUGAGAAGCGUACUCGUGAACCCGACGAAGAUGAUCGUGACAGGUCGGAGCGUCGCAGGCGGCACCACGAUGACGAGUCUAACGGAGACAGGGACAGGGAGCGCCGGCACCGGCGACACCGAGAUCGGAGCGGGGACAGGGAGGACGACUCGGACAGGGAGAGGAGGCACAGGCGGCAUAGGGAGAGGGAGGAUGAGACGGAUGAAGAGCGAGAAGAGAGACGUCGACGCAGAAAGGAACGAGAGAGGGGACAUGAUGAGCGCAGGUCAACACGUAACGCGUCCAAGGAACUCAUGCCGGAUGCGGACGAUACCAAGUCGACACGGUCGAGCGAGCGUCCCCGGGAUCGCGAGAGGAGCGACAGGCGGGACCGCAGCCGCGAGAGCCACCGGUCUCACCGGAGUCGAAGUACUCGCGAGGCGGAGCGGGAAGGGCGGCGCGAGAUGACGCGCGAAGAGAGGGAGGCGGAGCGCGAGAAGCGGGAUAGGGAGAUGAGGGAUGAGCGUAGGGAACAGGCUCGGAUCAGGGACGAGAGAUUUGCUGAAGUGGACAGGCAACGCGGCGGUGAUCGCAGAGGCUACGACCGACCCCCUCGCCCACGGUCCCCUUACUCUCCCCGCCCCCGACGCGGCUCGCCCGUCUACAGCAACGGCGGCCCGCCCUCUGGCAGAAACGACGCUCCUCCGCCACCUCCGCGUGAGCCCCCACCACCCCUUGACCCCGCUACCCAGGUCUGGAACUCGAUCGACUCGGAGAACAGGUCUAUCUUCAUCAGCCAGAUCGCCGCUAGGAUGACGAGCAGUGAUCUUGGCUUGUUCUUUGAAGAUUCGCUCGGACCCAACUCGGUCAAGGAUGCUCGGGUCGUGACUGAUCGGCAGUCUCAGCGGUCCAAGGGUAUUGGAUAUGUUGAAUUGACUGAUUCAGCCUUUGUCAACAAAGCUCUAGGACUCUCCGGGACUAUCGUGAUGGGCAUUCCGAUCAUCGUCCAGCUUACCGAAGCAGAGCGUAAUCGCGAAGGCAAGACUAUCGAGCAACUCGUCGCAGCUGCUACCAAGGAGAUGGAGGCAGCUCGACCCCGAUACCAACGCGAAGGACGACGCGACCAAGGCAUCCAGUUCCCGCACCUUUCGACCGGCCUCCGCUUGCCGCCCGGAUUUGACCCAGACCAGAAUCCCGACGCGUCGAUCCCUUACCACAGGUUGUUCCUCAUCAACGUGGCUUACAGUCUCUCGCAGGAUGAUAUCCGAGCAGUUUUUGAGCCGUUUGGAGAGAUUGACUUUAUCGACCAGCACUUGGAUCAUCACGGGCAUCCGAAAGGGACAGCUUAUAUCCAAUUCAGGGAACUCCGAGCUGCUCAGAUGGCUUUGGAUGCUAUGAACGGGUUUGAGUUGGCUGGGCGGACUAUCAAAGCGAUGGCUAUCAACGAAAAGUCUGGUAUCGAGGAUGACAUGGACGCAACAGGUCGCGGGCCGAGAGGUUACGGUGGACCCAAGCUUGACGCGAGGGGGAGAAUGUCGCUCAUGCAGAAAUUGGCAAGGACGGAGGAUGCUGGACCGGCUGCGAGUGCUUCGCCUAGGGCUGCACCGAGGCCGGUCCAGCGCGCUGAUCCGACACCGUUCGUCGUCGUCUCCAACAUGUUCAACCCGGAAGAGGAAACCGAACGUAACUGGGAUCUUGACCUCGCAGAAGACGUGAAAUCCGAAGUCGAAUCGAAGUACGGUAAACUCCGUCAAAUCAAGGUCGACAAGAUGUCGGCCGGAGAGGUGUAUAUGGAGUUUGGAGAAGGGGCGAGAUUUGCGGAUAUGGCGGUUCAGGGGUUGAAUGGGCGAUAUUUCGGGGGAAGGACGUUGAGGGCCGAGUUUAUUAGUGAGGCGUUGUUUAAGGCGCAUAUGUAG